UGGCGGUGGAGCGAUUCAACUCCGUUCCCCUCCUCUCUCUCCGCCCCCGUCCUUUCUCCUCUUUCCCAUAACGAAUUCUCCUCGCCUGUCCCCGCUCAUCGCCCGAUCAAAUCGAGUAGUAACCGAAUUUUUUUAUAUUCCAUAUACAAAAAUCCUAAGAAAUAUCUCCUACCCUAACCCUACUACGCACCUUCGAUCUCGCUCGGUUUCAAAAUUCCUCCAAAAAUUCGCCGAUAUUCUCGCGAUCGACUUCAAAUACCGAGCAGCGAUCGAGUCGCGAUCGAGCUUUCGAUUCCACUCGGUGUCUCCUUCGCCUCCGACGGUGGAGAAGGAGGCCAUGGAUCGUGGCCGGAAGCGCGCCGACGCCUCCGGCCAGCUUCCGGCAGAUAAGCGCCCCUGCAGCUCGUCGGAGUUCCGGCCGGGGUCGUCGGCGGCGGCGGCGCCUCCGGUGACGGCGGAGGAGGGGGCGGCGGCGGUGUUGGCGGCGGCGGCGGCGUCUUCGUCUGAGCCGCCGGAGUGCGACAUGGAGACCUCGUCCUCGGGCCGCUCCGAUCGCGCCGGGGAGUCGUCGUACGGGUCGUGCGACUCGGACGACGAGCCCGAUCACGGCGACGAUCGCCCCGGGAUCGGCGGCGGCCGCCCCGCGCGGUGCGGCGGCGGGAGCAGGGGGGGCAGGUUCCGGAGAAUUCUCACGGCCCUAGACGUCCUCGGCGGCGAGGACGCUGCGUCGUCGUCGUCGUCGUCGUCAGGAGCGCUCUCGGCGCUCAAGGAGCUCUGCGAGGAGCUGUCGUUCUGCAUGGAGGACCACGCCCCGUACUUCCCCGCGGACUCCGUUGUGCCGGUGCUCGUGAGGCUGGCCAGCUACGAGGCCAGUCCCGAGGUGAUGCUGCUCGCCGUCCGGGCGAUGACGUACCUCUGCGACGCAAUGCCCAGGCUGGCCGAUGCCGUCGUCCGGCACGGCGCAUUGCCGGUCCUCUGCCAGCGUCUGCUCGCAAUCGAGUACUUGGAUGUAGCUGAGCAGUGCUUACAAGCUCUGGAGAAGAUCUCCCGGAAGCAACCAUUGCCGUGCUUGCAAGCGGGCACGAUUGCCGCCGCUUUAGCUUACAUUGAUUUCUUCUCAACAAGCAUUCAGAGAGUUGCAGUUUCAAUAGUUGCGAUCGUGUGCAAGAAACUUCCCCUGGAUUCUUCCUCCCUUGUCAUGGAUAAUGUGCCCACUCUGUGCAAUCUUCUCCAGUGUGAGGACAUCAAGCUAGUGGAAACUGUUGCUACCUGCUUGGUGAGAAUCGUGGAUUCUUUCUGCAGUUCACCAGAGCUAUUGGAUGAACUUUGCCAGCAUGGGAUAGUUCAAAAAUGUGUUCAUUUAAUCACUGUUGAUGGCAGAACGAUUCUAAGCCAAACUACUUGUUCUAGUUUGAUUGGUCUUCUCACCAAGCUUGCCAGUAGUUCCCUUGUGGCAGUGAAGACCCUUUUUGAGCUGAAUAUAGGUAGCAUAUUGAAGGGAAUUCUGAUGGCCUCUGACCUAUCUCAUGGCGGUCCUUACCCGAUUCUUGAAGAUGUGCAAUCCAACCAGGUCCAUGAAGUAUUGAAGUUAGCUAACCAGUUAAUCCCUCCCGAGGCAAGAGAUAGUGAGGGUACUCAAGUAGAACUUGCCAAGGAAAAGAUCCUGACAGACCAACCUAAUCUUUUGCAUCAGUUUUCUGCUGACAUACUCCCUGCCUCCGUCAAGGUGGUCAACUCUGGUGCAAAUGCAUAUGUUUGCUAUGGCUGUGUAUCAAUCAUAAACAAUAUCUUUUACUUCAACACUCCUGAAAUGCUUCGUGACUUACUAAAGGAUACGGAAAUUUCGAGCUUUUUGGCUGGUUUGUUGGCCCGAAAAGAUCAUCAUGUGCUGUUUUUGACGUUGAGGAUUGUUGAUACUCUCAUGCAAAAGAUUCCUGGUGUUUUCUUGAGUUCUUUUAUCAAGGAAGGUGUAAUUUAUGCAGUUGAUACACUUUCAAUGCAAGAAAAAUACCCACAAACAAUAUCUGAGCAGUACAAUGACAUGCAACGCUCAGAAAGAUGCCUGUGCUAUGCAUUUGGUUUGUGUAAAUUUCCAUCUUCAGAAAGGAGAACAUGUAGGCUCAAUAAAGAAACCCUUUUUACUCUUGCCAAGCAUUUGAAGACUACAUAUUUUACCCAUGAAAAGGUAAGUUCUGAGAGGGUGCUGACUGAAGUUCUGCAGAAGCUAAAAACUUCAUGUGCAGUUCUAAAUGGUACUGUCGACGAGCAUUUAAAAAAUAAUGGCUGUUCCCAAAAUGAAGAGUUCGUGUCUCAUACAUUGGAUCAACUAAUGAGGGAACUUUGUGGUGGAGAGACUAUGACUACCUUUGAGUUUGUUGAAAGUGGAAUUGUUAAAUCGUUGGUAAACUAUUUGUCCAAUGGCAAGUACCUCCAUGGAGAUCAGUCUGAUUGCAAUUCUUCAGAUCAUUUUCUUGCAGUGUUAAAAAGGAUCCAGGAUUUUGCUCACAUAUCUUUGUCAAAAAUGGAUCAAGGAUGGCAGGAUAUGGUUUUGACAUUAUUAGUGCGGAAGUUGCAUGCCGCAUUGUCCUCCUUUGAGAAUUUUCCAGUUAUUUUAAGCUAUGCUUUCAAACCCAGGAACACCAUAACGGACAUUCCGGUUAGGCGUUCCACAAUGAAUCCUUGCAUUAGAGUACAAUUUGUGAAGGAAGAAAAUGAGGCUGGCUUAUCUAACUAUGAUAAUAUUGUGAGCGUUGAAAUAUCUUCAUCACUAAUUGCUAUAGAGGAGUAUCUAUGGCCUAGAGUGAGUAUAAACAUGGACAAAGUUCAGGCAAUUUCAGCAGAAAAAGACAUUUCUCCUGGAAACGAAGAAGAAUUGUCUCAGGAAUCAUCUGUUUCUAGCAUUUCAGAGGGCCUCAGAAAUCAGGAACGGUGUUCUUCAUCAGCAGAAUCUGCCUUAGGUCAGAUGGCCAGUCAAGUGGAACCGAGAACAAGUAGUGCAACCCCAAGCAAUCAAGGUGUGCAACCAAAGUUGGUUUUUGGUUUACAAGGAAAAGAGCUUGAUCGCUCAGUCACCCUUUACGAAGCUAUCUUAACAGAUCAGGUAAAUAAAGAGCCUGAUGUAAUUCUGGGGCCAAAGUUUUGGGAAGAGGUACACAUAGUAACUUAUAGGAGUGCUAUAGAACCAGAAAUAAGUGAUGGCAAACCCUCUGAUGGUGGUUCUUUCUCCUCUCUUAAUGGAGAUGAACAUGGGUUCUUGUGGGAAAAACUAUCAUUCGUUUCCAGCUUAUUGCUUGCUAAGCUCCCUUGCAAACUAGAUAAGUCAGCCCAUUCAUACGAUAUAUUGUUUAUGUUGAAAACUUUGGAAGGCUUGAAUCACUACUCAUUUCAUCUCUUGUGCAAUCGUAAAAUAAAUGCUUUUGCUGAAGGGAGAAUCAAAAGCUUUGAUGAGCUGAAGUUGAUGAUCUCUUCAGUUCCCCAAUCCGAGUUUGUUAGCAGCAAAUUAACUGAUAAAUUGGAGCAGCAAAUGCGGGACCCACUCACUUCAAGCUCUGGUAGCAUGCCUUCAUGGUGUGGCCAACUAAUGUCCACAUGUUCUUUCUUGUUCUCUUUUGAAGCAAAGCGGAAGUACUUCCGGCUUAACACAUUGGAUUCUUUGAGAACAAAGCUUAAUCUGAAUAGAAUUGAUACAGAUGCAGUGAACGAAAGGUGGGUCAAUCCGGUCUCACAUACACGUAGGAAAUUCAAAGUUAAUCGCAGCAAUAUACUGGAAUCUGCAACCAAAAUGAUGGAAUCUCACGCUCAAAGUAGGACUUCUCUUGAAGUGGAGUUUAACGAAGAAGUCGGUACUGGUUUGGGUCCCACUAUGGAGUUCUAUACAUUGAUUAGCCAUGAGUUUCAAAAGGUUGGUUUAGGCAUGUGGAGAGAGGACCUUAGCCCUACAACUGGGAAUGGUGCUGUUGUAGGUUGUGGUUUUGUUGUAGCCCCUUUCGGUCUGUUUCCCCGUCCAUGGUCAGCAGCAAUAUCUGGUGCAGAGAGCGUGCACUUUCAAGAUGCAAUUAAAAGGUUUUCCCUUCUUGGCCAGAUUGUAGCAAAGGCAAUUAAGGAUGGAAGAAUUUUAGAUAUACCAUUCUCUAGAGCAUUCUAUAAAAUAAUACUUGAGCAGGAGCUCAGUAUAUAUGACAUCCAGUCAUUUGAUCCUGAACUUGGAAGGACUCUCAUCGAGUUUCAGGCUCUUAUUAGGAGGAGAAGAAUUUUGGAGUCUGUUUCUAAAGAAAAUUAUAACGGUCCAUCUGAUUUAUGUUACCGUGAUAAUACUAGAAUUGAGGACCUGUGCAUUGAUUUCACUCUUCCAGGCUACUCUGAUUAUGUGCUUGCUUCUGAAAGUAGCUCAAAAGUGGUGAAUAUCACUAACCUGGAAGAGUAUGUUGCACUGGCUGUUGAUGCAACUAUUAGAAGCGGGAUUUAUAGGCAGGUGGAAGCUUUCAAAUCUGGAUUUAAUGAGGUCUUGCCGGUGAAAGCUCUUCAGAUUUUUAGUGAGGAUGAGCUCGACCGAUUAAUCUGUGGUGAACAACAAGAUACCUGGGAUUUUCCACAUCUUGUGGAUCACAUGAAAUUUGACCACGGCUACACAGCCAGCAGUUCUCACGUCAUUUAUCUGUUGGAAAUCAUGCAAGAAUUUGAACGCGAUCAACGUAGAGCCUUCUUGCAAUUUGUGACCGGAACUCCUCGGCUCCCCCCUGGUGGUAUAGCUGCACUCAACCCUAAGCUGACAGUUGUUCGAAAGCUUGGUAGCAAUGAUGCUGAUUUGGACUUGCCUAGUGUGAUGACUUGUGCUAAUUAUCUUAAGCUCCCUCCGUACUCUUCGAAGGAGAGAAUGAGGCAGAGGCUGCUGUACGCGAUAACCGAAGGGCAAGGUUCGUUCUUCCUCUCUUGAGCUAACAUUUGCUUCUUGUUGGAUCUGUGAAUUUGUAAGUACGAGGGGGGAGGUGGUGUAGAUAAGGCCUGGCGACUAUGGUAGUAGCUGGUGGAGCUGAUUGUGGUAGAAACAAAAGGAAGCCCAUCUUAACCAGUGCAUAUAUAUAUAUUAUAUAAUUUCUCUUUAUGGUAGUAAUUUUAUUAAUGUAUAGGUCGUAGGUGUUUAAACUGUAAAUAUCAUCACGUUUUGUGGUAAAACUUUUUUUUACCUGUCAAAGUUUGUGCCUCUUAUUUAAUCCAUAGGUUUAUAUUUAUAA